ACGCGGUUCCCAGGAACCCUCGGGGCAGAGUCGUCACCGGCGUCCUUCGGAGCGGAAGGAAUAUGGCGUCCGCUACUCGCGUUAUCCAAAAGCUGCGGAAUUGGGCGUCUGGGCAAGACCUGCAGGCGAAGCUGCAGCUGCGCUACCAGGAGAUCGCCAAGCGGACCCAGCCACCUCCUAAACUCCCCGUGGGACCUAGUCACAAGCUGUCGAACAAUUACUACUGUACUCGUGAUGGCCGCCGGGAAGUUGUGCCUCCCUCAGUCAUCAUGUCCUCACAAAAGGCCCUGGUGUCGGGCAAGACAGCUGAGAGUUCUGCAGUGGCAGGCACUGAGAAGAAGGCGGUGACACCUGCUCCUCCCAUGAGGAGGUGGGAGCUGUCCCAGGACCAGCCGUACCUGUGACCCUGCCCCAGCUGUCCCAGGCUACCAGGGCCUCGUGACUGCUCUUCCUCCUUGGAUUCCCUCGGGGAGAGUGUGACCUAAUUUAUAACAAAUACAUAGAUUGCCACAUUA